AUGGCGACCGCGCCGCGCAGCGCCGCCAUGGAGGUGACGGGCAGCCGCUUCUGCGGCGACACCGAGCGCGGCAGGAUGGAGGGACGGGGCUCCUACACGCUGCCCACCGGCACCGAGUACCGCGGCGAGCUGCGGGACGGCGCGUUCCACGGGCGGGGCGAGCUGCUGUUCCCCGGCGGCGGCACCUUCCGCGCGGUGUGGCACCGCGGGCUGCCCGUGGAGGGGAAGUUCACUUUUGCAGACGGCCUCGAAUACGCGGCCGAAAGGUGGGAUUACUGCGACGGCUACGACAGGAGGUUCUACAGCGAGAUCUGCUCGGGGCUCAGAGCCGCAGGCAUUUCUCAGCUUACCAAUCUGGAUCCUCCUCGAAAAAUCCCAGCAGGAUGUUACGACUGUGGUGAUGGAUUCUAUAAUCCUGAAACCAGAAUUGUCACUGACUACGAGCUGAGAUUUCUCAGAAAUGCAGACUUGGUGUUUCUAGAAGACAGAAUGCUGCAUUUUCAGCAUGCCACAGUUGAACAAUUUUGUUGCUUGGAAACUCCCUUUUUCAGAAAUUUUACUAUUUGUUGA